UGGUUUACUCGAAAAUUUCCACCAACAUCUCAAGAUCAGCAAACUGAAUCCAUGGAAAUUUGGGAAGCCUUUCUGACUCCAAGAUUAUUUUCCCACCGUCUUCGACCAUCAAAGGGUCAAUGUAUCCUCAUGUGUUAUCAACCAAAUUUGGUCUCGAGGCAGUUUGGGCUAACUCAAAUAACACCCAAGUGCUUAUAUGAGAAAAGGAACCAUAUGUGUUUCCACACUUUGUAUCUGACUGAAGAAGAAUGUGAACGAAAAAUCAACAAAUAUACUGGCGUUGCCAACCUUUCUCCUAUUCCUUUCGAACCUUCUUUUUACUCUACACCAGAUUUUCAUCAAUGGUGGACAGAGUAUUAUAGCUCUCAAAUUUUUGAUGCUGAUAGCCUUGCUCAAGAACUAACCGCAGCUUUCACUGAUGUGCAGGAGAACUUCAAAAAAGUCUCAACUACAGCUGUUGCACGAAGGAGGAAGAUUAAAGAAGCUUCUGCCCCAAAAGAGUCUGAGGCAUCUAAAAGCGACAAACCAAACGAAA